GCGUUUGUGGACAGCUUUUCUCGGAGUCUUGCCUACGAGUACAAAGACAAAGGGAUUCACGUCCAUCUCGUCGGCCCUGGGUACGUGUUCACGAAGAUGAUAGAUAAAUUGCUGGAUGGACCCAGUUUGACAGCACCGACGCCGGAUACCCUUGUUCGAUCCGAUCUCCGUUCCAUCACCAGAAUCCAAGUUACUUCCGGCUAUUGGUUUCAUAACCUCAUGGUGAGA